AUGCGGUAUGUGCUGCAACACCCGGAGCACGCGGGGCGUGUGGGGCAGCGGGCACGUGCGCUGAUGAUGCGUGAGAUGAGCGAGGAGGCGGUGGCGGAUACGAUGGACAGUCUUUUCAUUAAAACCGUGACAGCACAUCUCAAACGGCUGUAG